UCUUGCAAAAAUUGGUGCAUUCUGUCUUCUCUUUGAAGAAUGAAUAUCAAUCCUUCAAAUCAGAAACAGUCAAUUUAGUGUUCUCCAUAUGCUUUGUAGCACAACUGCUAUAACACCUUACCAUUGGCCAUUCUGCCUGGGAUGUGUGGGAACUGUAAUCUCAAACAUCUGAUGAGUAUCAGGGUGUCAUUCCUCUCUAACAAACCACAUAAUGUUUUUUUUAAAAGUGUGUCAAAAACGGGAGUGCUGAAAACUAAUUAGAAAGAAAUUAGAUAAAGUACAUCCACACCUGGGACUUGGGAGAUGCAAAACAAAUUCCAUGCAAAACAAAUCCAGCACACCCAAAUGCACCAACAAAACUACAUCAUUUUGUUUUCAUCAUUACUGACAUACUACAUACUGCUUGUUGAAAUGGCACUAAUAAAGCUCUAUUCAGAUGUCUUAUGAGUGAACUCUAGGGUAUUUGUACUUUUUUAAAAUGAGGAUGAAUGAGAAUAAAACGCAAUGGUGUUUUAAGAGUUUAAAACUAUUGAUACCUUUAUUUUCUUUGCAGUUCUUCCUAACCGCUCUAUAAAGGGGAAGAGAAAGAAGUAUUUUGAUCAGAGGCAUGGUGCCUCCAAAUGUAGCACAUUAGCCUUGAAAGAUGCUGCUGGGCAUCUUGCCCACCUUUGACUGAGAUUUGUUUACUGGGAGUGAAUGUCUUUUCUCCAUGGUGUUGCCUUGACAAGAGGUCUGCACUUGCUUUUUGGACAGCUUUCUGGACAGCUUCACUGGCGCCAGGACUGUUCAAUUUGGAACAGUCCUUUUCUGAUCCGAUAUGGGGGAGUAGCAUUUAUGCACUGAACUCAAUAUAGAGAUUUUAGUAAUUGUUUGUAGGAUUUGUAGAUUACUUUAGAAAAAAAGGAUCAUAUAGCCCAAUAAGCAUCUUUAUGAAGUGAAUUUCACAGAAUUCAGUGGGAUCUACUAUGAAAUAAGAGAGCCUUGCUUCACAAUAAGUCCCAUAGUGCUCUGGUUGAAUAAAGCCAAUGUUGUUUUUGAUACAUUUUCCUAAUGUUUGGUAGCAAGAGAGAAGAAACCCCAUUAUGGUUGCAUCUACAUUUGUGUCUUUAAUCAUUUAAAAAAUUGGGAAGAGGAUUCCCAAUCCAAGUUCAAAAGGAAGGUUGUCAUUGACUGGAUAUAUACUUAUAUGGUCUUGAAUGGACCAGCUUAGAUGGUGUUGUUGCUUUCCUUCAUUGCACCUUGAAAAAGCAAUAUUGUUCAUGGCAUGUGCUGCUGCUACCAUGCUUGCAUACCCAGUUUACUCUCUAGCAUAUCAGAAUCCUGGCUUAGGCCCAUGGCUUCAGAUACGUAGAACUGGUCUUCCUGUCCUCGUGGUUUAUUUUAUGCUCAGAUAAGGCCAAGUGACCCUUUGAUUUUAGGCUCAAAAAGCAUUCAGCAUGUGCCUAGUUUGGCUUCAGCUACCCUUCCACAGGUCCAGCUCUGCUCCUGCCGCGCUUCGCCUGCUUGAUACUCCUCCCCAUUGGAUUGCUUGUUGGGAGUGGCUGACCUGUUCUCUAUCUUCCCUCUUUUUUUCCCGUGCGAGGAUCCCCCGGACAGGAGAUCUCUUCUGAUAACCCGUCUGCAAUGCCAUCACCCAGGCACCAAAUAGGUGACUGUGUGCUGGAUGGAAGAGACACCAGGCAAUAACAAGAAGUCACUCUCUCCCCAGGCUGAACAUGCUGGUAUCCGGACUUAUUUCUUCAGUGCUGAGAACAACGAGGAGCAGGAAACCUGGAUUCAAGCCAUGGGCGAGGCUGCCCGGGUGCAAAUCCCACCAGCUCAGAGGCACGAGAAGAUUGAUUCUGAAAACAUCCCUCCUAGCAAGAAUCACCAUCGCAGCAUUUCAGCCAGGGACUCUGCCAAAGCUGAACCAGAAGUCAAGACCAGAGGAGAAGGUGAUGGCCGUGGUUCUGAGAAGACUGAAAGGAAACAAGAGCGAGUAGAAAACAAGAAGGAGCCUCUGGUCAAAGCCAAUGGCAUUGUCAGCCAAGAUAUUCCUUCUGAGCCUGGUAGCCCUUAUCCAGAAGCCUCUCGGAUGCCAGCUGGAGUGGAGAGACCUACACAGCCAAAUGGCUGGCAGUAUGCAUCUCCAAGCCGUCCUGGGAGCAUGGCCUUCCCACAACAUGACAGUGAGACUGCUGUGACUCGUCGGAGCUUUGCUCCUCGGACCAAUCCUGAGAAGAUUGCCCAGAGGAAGAGCUCCAUGACCCAACUGCAGCAGUGGGUGAACCUACGCCGUGGAGCUCCAUCUUCUGAGGAACUCCAGAGCCCUACCAGGUUCUAUCCAAUGUCCCGAAGAGCCCCUGACUACUAUCCCCCCUAUUCACCCCAGUUCUCUGAGGAUUACCAAUACUACCCACCUGGCGUGCGCCCUGACAGUAUCUGCUCUAUGCCUGCCUAUGAGCGCGUGAGCCCUCAAUGGACAGUGGAUGACAAACGGCACUCCUUCCGUAACAGUGGCUCGUACCAGUUGCGGGAUUGGAAGGAACAGCCUGGCUAUGGCAGACAGGAUGUACCUAUCUGGAUUCCAGGCCCCACACGGCCACCAGUGUACUUUGAUGAAAUGGAUGCUGCUUCAGACUCCUUACGGAGGAUGUCACUCCAGCCUCGCUCCCGGUCGGUCCCCCGCUCGCCAAGCCAAGGUUCCUACAGCAGAGCCAGAGUAUACUCCCCAGUCAGGUCUCCAAGUGCCCGCUUUGAAAGAGUGCCUCCCCGGAGUGAGGAGAUAUAUGCUGAGCCAACGUCUUAUAUGAUGAGGCGAUCGGUUAGUUCUCCAAAGUAUGAUUAUCUGGGUGACAGGAGGCCCGUCCCUGCAGGGAUGUUCCCCUUCAACUAUCCAGCAUCCCCUACGGUUCAUGAUAAAAUGGAUGAACUAUUAGACCUUCAGUUGCAAAGAAACCUAGAGUAUUUGGACCAGCAGAUGAGCGAGAGCGAGACUUUGAUCAGUAUGGUGAACAGAAUGGUGGAGAGCUCCUCUCCUAGGGCUCAGCUGUACAUGCAAGUGUCUCAUUUCCCUGAAGCCUAUAGAGAGGCACUGCACACCUACAAGAUAAGCGAGCAAGAUACAGACAAACUCCUGGGAAAGCUCUGUGAGCAAAACAAGGUGAUGAGGGAACAAGAGAGGCUGGUCCAGCAACUGCGUGCAGAGAAGGAGAGUCUAGAGAGUGCCCUCAUGGGGACACACCAGGAACUGGAGAUGUUUGGGAGCCAACCAGCUUACCCAGAAAAGCUGCUGCAUAAAAAGGAGUCCCUCCAGAAUCAGCUGAUCAAUAUUCGAGUAGAGUUGUCACAAGCCAGCACGGCGCUGGCCAACAGCACCAUAGAAUAUGAGAACCUGGAGGGCGAGGUGUCAACCUUGCAUGAUGACCUGUGGGAACAGCUGAACUUGGACAUUCAGAAUGAAAUGCUCAACAGACAAAUCCAGAAGGAGAUCUGGCGAAUCCAAGAUGUGAUGGAAGGGUUGCGGAAGAACAACCCCUCUCGGGGAACAGAUACUGCAAAGCACAGAGUGACUCUGGGCCCAUCAGGAACUUACAGCUCUAAUAGUCCAGCCAGUCCACUGAGCUCAGCCAGCCUCACAAGCCCUUUGAGCCCUUUCUCUCUUGUGUCAGGAUCUCAGAGCUCCCCUACCAAGCAAGGCAGCAAUGAGGAGACUGGUCCACCUCGACCUCCCCUCCCCAAAUCAUAUGUGCCCUUGGAAUCUCCUCCGACUGUCCCUCCGCUCCCUGUUGAAAGUCGCCUUUGGCCGUAUCCUAACUCCCCUUCUUGGCAGCAAAGCAGCGAGGCGAAGAGGGGACAGUCCAAAUCCAGCUAUGAGCAGAGCAAGAAGGACCAUCAUCGAACAUCAGCUUCUCAUUCUGCAGCAGAGGCUGGUCUCUUGCAGACCAGGCAAGACCAAGAUGUUGAUAAGCAAGUUGCUCUUAACAAAGUUGGCAUUGUUCCUCCAAGGACCAAGUCACCCAUGGAUGAUGACAUCACACCCCCAUCAGGCGUGGUGAGAAGGAGUGCCAGCACCCUAUCCAAUGGGCUGAAUUCUCGAGACAGACCAAAGAGUGCAGUGUUUUCUAAUGAAGUGAAAGCAAAGAUGAGUGUUGAAGAGCAAAUUGAUCGCAUGAAGCGUCACCAGAGUGGCUCUAUGAAAGAGAAAAGGAGGAGCUUGCAACUUCCAGCCAAUCAGCAACAGACAGAUAGCCCUGUCUCUAAAGCACCUGCAUCAUACAAAGUGGUGCGCAGGCAUCGAAGCAUCCAUGAGGUGGACAUAUCAGAUCUGGAGGCAGCAUUACGCUCUGAAGACUCUGGCAAGAUGUAUGAGACCCCUCGGGAGGAAAUUGCUCGCCUACGCAAAAUGGAGCUUGAGCCAGAGCAUUAUGAUGUGGACAUUAGCAAGGAGCUGUCUACACCAGAUAAAGUCCUUAUUCCAGAAAGAUACGUUGAACUGGAACCUGAUAGUCCACUGAGUCCCGAGGAGAUGAAGGAGAAACAGAAGAAAGUGGAAAGGAUAAAGACACUGAUUGCCAAAUCCAGCUUGCAGAAUGUGGUCCCGCUCAGUGAGGGAGAAGUAGAUGUGUCCCAGGACCCUGAGACCCAGCUACAAGAACAGGAGAAACGGAUAGAAAUCUCCUGUGCUUUGGCUGCAGAAGCCUCCCGCCGAGGCCGCAUGCUCUCUGCUCAAUGUGCCACCCCGAGCCCUCCCACUUCCCCAGCCUCCCCGACUCCACCGACCAAGUCACUCUCGUCUGACUCAUCCCAGGGCACCGACAGCCAUUUUAUGCGUGUCUGAGCCAUAAACACAGGCCCUGGCUGCUGUGAAUGCUGUGAAGUCCCGUGGAGCCACAUUUUAACACAUGAGUCGAAUCUGCACCUGACACAACCACUUGAUGCACGCCAUUGUUAUGGUCCUGACAGAACAUCCUCUCCUUCUGUUGAGCUUCAAAAACAUUUGGGAAGGAAAAGCUGCCUCUCUGAGAAGAAAGGAGAGUGUAACUUUUACCCCAUGUUUCCUGUUGCUAUGGCCCAUAUCAGCAAGUUGUCUGGACAAGCCUUUUAAAAAAAAUAAGUCACCAGUGCAGCUUGCUGAAGCUGUUCCAUUGUGCAAGGCCAGGUCCUCUGCACUGGCACAGAAAUCUCCAAGCAAAAGGCCGAGUAGCUAAGUAUCGGCAGUUCCCCCAGUUGCUUGGCAAAGAGACAUCUUGGUAUGGAAAUGGGGAGGGGGUGAAGUUUCCUGCACUAAUGUAGCUGGCUCCUGAGUCUCUGUCUUGUUCUACCAGUAUUUGUGCAGGAAGGCGGGAGAUUUGAAUGACUUGUCAUUGCAGCCAGGGACUUCCUCACCCUCUACUAAAGGAAGCAUAAUAUUUCCCCUCCUCACACUGCACAUGACCCCUUUAGUGUCCUUUUAUUGGCCAGAAUGGCUUUUAUAUCCUUACUCUCUGGAGCUAAGUAAGCCUAUGCAUGGCCGCUCUGCAUAUGCUCAUUCAUAGGAGAAAAAAGGAAGUGAGAGAGCAGGAAGAAGCACAACGGGGUGGAGAACUUUGUAGACAUGGCUAGUGAAGGAAAAAGAAGGCUUCCAUUGAAGAAGGAUGAGAAACAAACCGACAACGAAGUGGAAGAGGCUUUGAAUUUAUUAGUCUGAGGGGAGGUUGAUGUGACUAUAGUAUGCUAUGCUGUUAUUUGCUUCUUCUCCCUAGUUUGAGGGCUGGAACAGAAAGUGUGGACAGUGUACAUGGCCAAGUUGCAGAUGUGUAGGAUGAAGGAUGUAAUAUGGAAAUAAGGGGAUGGAAAUGUUCAGUUGUCUGGGACUCGCCUCUAGGCAAAAGCUUGGAUGCAUUCUGUGACCCUGUUAGGUUUGUUUGCCUAUAGAUACACAGGGUGUCAGGGACUGCUAAGGUCACAUUCUUUUUACAUUAGAGUGAGUUCACAAUGGUGCCAUUGAGCAAAAUCCUUUUCAUGAGUUCUCCAUAGAUCUGAGUAGUGGUGCACUGGUUAGAUUACUUUGCUACUCUUAGUUCCCAGUGAUGAAAAUGCAAGACCGGGACUAAAUGGGAUAUGAUCUGAGUUGAUCCUAGAUAGGCUGUUCCACAACAUAUGAAGGAAGCUUCUCCUGGGGUGCAACUACACUGAAGGCAUAAUGCAGUCUGACACCGCUUUAAAAGUGUCUGGCGUAAUGCUACACAAUCAUGAGAAGUCUUUAAGCCUUCUCUGCCAAAGAGAGCUGAUGUCUCAUAGAACUAGAAGUCCCAAGAUUCCAUAGCAUUGAGCCAUGGCAGUUUAAGUGGUAUCAAAUUUCAUUAAUUCUACAGUGUAGAUGCGCUACUGAUUAAUAUGGAAAUGAUAAAAUGAGACCUCUUCAAACUUUGCAAUUUGUUACAUCUUUCCUUGUUAAGUUAGCCAGCAGGGCAGUUUACUGUCAAUGGUGUGGCAGAUGUUUUCUCCCACUCUUUAUAAAAUGCAGACAUGCAUGCAUCACAUCUCCUCUCCAAGGCUACAUGAUAAUUACCGAUGUGUCAUUUGAGAUGAAUUGAGCUCCUGUGUCAAGAAUAUAGGGCAAUUGUUGCACCAGCUCCUAUUUCAAAUGAGACGGAUCCUUCCAGAUGAGUCCAUGUUGUUUUCUUAAAGAAUUAAUUCAAAGGGGAAAUAGACUAGAGGGGCAGGCAGAGAGAAAAACUGUUGUGUAUGAGGGAAAAUAUCAAAAUACUGUAUUCUUUUUCAAGUAAAUCCCAAAAGAGCCACUGCUCUUCAUUUAUUCACAUGGCUAUUGCUCAUUUGUCUCAAACAUACUGAGGCAGGGGUCUAAUAGAGAGAUUUUUUUUUCAGCACUGUAGUGGCUCAUAUAAAGGAGCCUAGGGGUUGGCUACAUUACUUUUUUUUAUUACCCUUCCCCAAAAUCUCCGGAGUGAUCAUGCUGGUUGGAAGGUUCUGGGAGUUGUAGUCCAAAACAUUAACCUAUCCGAGCUCUAGUAAGGCUCAUUUGGAUGCCAUUUAGGAAAGACAAAGUUGGUCAAUGUCUUUGUUCUUGGGGACAAUUCUGCUUUCCAAGCAAUUAUGCAUGUAGAAUUAUGGAAUCAUAGAGUUGGAAGAGACCACAUGGGCUAUCCAUUCCAACCCCCUGCCAGGCAGGAAAAGCAUAACCCAAGCACCCCCAACAGAUGGCCAUCCAGCCUCAGUUUAAAGCCUUCAAAGAAGGAGUCCCCACCACACUGUGAGGUAGCGAGUUCUAUUAUUGAACAGCUAUUACAGUCAUGAAGUUCUUCCUAAGAUUCAGUUGGAAUCUAUUUUCCUGUAAUUUGAACUCAUUGCUCCGAGUCCUCCAGUGCAGCAGAAAACAAGUCUGUUGUGGAAGUAUGCUUUGUCACAUUACCUCCUUUUUACAAAAGCCAGGCAUUAGACAUCACCUCACAAUCCAUAGAAUAACAUUGAGACAUAAACAGUGCAUUGUAUUCAAAACCCAGAGAAAGGGGAGCAUUAAAUUGCAGGUCUCCCUCAUACACAACAUUUGAAAACAAUUGUCCUCCUAAGCAGACCUAUGGGUCGGAUUUUUAUCUUAGUAAAAUAUAGAAAGGCUAUCAUGAGAAGCUGCUUUAGAGAGCGCCAGUUGGUCAUUCAUUGUAAGGGACUGGAUUAGAUAUAGUUUUUGUUCAAAAGGAUCCCUUCAUUUUGUUUAAAAUUACAAUGUUCUGGAAAUAGGUAAGAUAGGUUGUUUUUUUACAGGUUAGAAGAAUAUAGAAAUGUGAAUGCCUUUCUUUUCUUUCUCUUGAGCUGGAUUUCCAGAAAAGAUCAGGGCAAGGCAUUCAAAUAUGUCAGCAAUCAAACUCACUGGAUUUGUCACAGAAACACAAUGGAAGAUGGCAGGGUUUGUCACUGUAGACUGUGAUUUGGCUUCUAAAUGACAAUGUAGUUCUUCUGAGUUGCUGAUACACUCACCCCACACCAAAGUCAGCAGUUGCAUCCUAGGCUUUGUUUCAACAUAUACAUGUCCAUAAAGGUAUACAUGAAUGUUACUUAAAGCUAUGUCAUAAUUUAAUAUAAUUGUUUGGAGUAAUAUUGCCUCCACUGCUUAAAACCUUCAGAUAUAAAGCCACAUACUCAACUUGAUUGAGCUUGAGUCUGUGAUGUGUUUGUGCUGCCAAGCUAGCAGUGGUGGGGGAAGAAAGAGCCGUCUCAUUUUAAAAUAUUGUAGAUAUUUUUGUGGUUUGUUUAGCAGUUUUAAGGACAGAAUCCAGUUGGUGUUUUAAAGACACAUAAUGGAAUCAACUCAUUUGAAAUAUGCCAUGGAAAAGAGUUCUAUGGAUAUCAUGGACUGCUAAAAUGUCAAAUAAAUGGACCUAAGAACCAGCCAAACUUGAACUAUCCCCAGAAGCCAAAAUUAUACAUUGAUGUUCUCUAUCAUAUUUUGGCCAUAUCUUAAGAUGGGAUAAUUCACUAGAAAAGAUAAUGCUUGGUAAAGUCAAAUGUAUUAGGGAAAGAGAAAGAUCAAGUUUCAGAUGAAUAGAUUCAAUCAGGGAAGCAACAGAUCUGAAGGCUGUUGAAAGUGUCUCAUUUCAUAGGGUCACUAUAAGUCAAAGUUGACUUGAAGGUAGUUAACCAAAAAAGGGAAACUGUUGGACAUUUUUGUCCAGUGCAGUGUCCACAUUCCAUUCAAAGACACUGAAGAAGAGCUGCACAUGGUAUUGUUAUGCCUGUGAAAGAUGCAUAUCCAACAGUGUCUGUUGAAAAAUGGUAGUAGUAUUCCUUUGGUUGCAUGUCUGGUUGUGUGUGCCAUUGUCCAUUGGGUUUUGAAACACUGCAAUUCAGUAUAAGGGUUGUAUAGCACAAUGUGUGUGUAACCCUGGAAUAGGCAAAGUGUUGACUUCCUACAUACUUAUUUCUAAGUGAACCUGUGGCUCCUAUUCCCUUCCAGAGCUUUGUGGUGAUGAGAGAUAGGCAAUGACUAGCAAUUUUUUGCAAGGGGGUGGUGGCAUUGCAAUUCAUCAUCUGAAAGUAAGUUACUCACUGGAUUACUUCCCCAGUGUAGACAUGACUGGAGCAGUUCCACAUUUCAAGUUCUGCCAUCAUGUGGUGUAGCUUUGUCCUAAGAUAUUGAUGUUCUGCUCACCAAAGAGAAAAAGACUAGAUUCCCUCCCACUUUCCAAAGGGGAAAAAGAAAGAAAUAUCAGUCUUCACAUAGAGUUAGUUUAUUUUACUCUCUUCACUUCCUGACAAAGCUAUCGUGUGUGUGUGUGUGUGUGUGUGUGUGUGUGUGUGUGUGUGUGUCUAUGGAAGGAGACAUGAGCUUGACUUUUCAGUGUUUGCAGGCCAGGCAGCAGCUGUGUUGACCUCAGUGAUCCUUCCUUCUAGUUCAUGCAUGAGAGAUUGUAGAACUGUUGGGAAGAAUGACCAUAAAACUCACAGAAGACCCGACCUAUGUCCAUUUAACUUAGACUAAGUCAUACUAAAAUCAGUGAGUAUUCCUUCUGUGGAUAGAUUUGCAUCUUUCUACGGAAUUGGGUCCUUUGUCCAAAGGAAGACUAAUUUCUGUGGACACAUUCCUGGGAUUGUGUUGUUAAUGGUAACAGGUUUUGUUUCCUGGAAAUUAAGUUUGACACUAAAGUAGCAAAAGCUAAGAUGGUAUGCCUUGUCACAUUCGCGGAUCUGCCUCAGUAGAUUUGAAGUGGAAGCAUAGGGUCUGAGCGUUUAACAGUAUCUUUCUCACAUAAUACAGUGGAGAACACUUGGCAAGGAUGCCUUUUAUCAGAAAUAUUUCAGUGCCUGCUUUUGUCAGGUUCUAUUUCCUGCACAUUCAUUUUAGCACCAAAGUAGCAAUGGAGCGAGGUCCCAUCUCAUCACUUACAAGACUCCACCUCAGUAGAUAACUGGUAAAAAUUAGGUUCUCAACAUAUAGCAAGACCUUUCCUACAUACCAUAGUGAAGAACAGAUGACAGACUGCCUUUAAAUCAGAUUUUACGCCACCUCCCUAUUCAAGAAAUAGUACAGAUCCUUUUUAAUUUAUUUUUGAAACAAUCUUGCUGGCAAUAUAUAGAACACUCCAGGGCAUCAUAGUUUUAGAUCCUUUCCUUCUCCUUCAGCAAUACAUUUGACAUUCCAGGAUAAUAAUAAUAACAAUAAUACAGUUCUUGGUUCUGCUCUUGUAGUAGCACCUGCUAGCUCAUAAAACUGUCCCUUCAUGAUCCUCUACAUGCCUUAAUAUAUGUUUUAUGGAAAUUAUACAGUGAUAUAUGUGUAUGUGUAUAUAUAAAUAUAUAUGUUUUUUCUCUUCAUCGUACUGUUUUGUUUUGUGCUAACUUUCUCUCUCAGUACGCAAGGCCACUGAAGUCAGGCGUGUCACUGAGUUACUGAAGUGGAAGACACUAUGGGCAGUUUAUCAGAAUAAUAAAUAAAAAUAAAUAAAAGAAGACAUAUUUAAAGAUAUAUAUAUAUAUUUUCUGGUUUUAUCAAAGCAAAUUUAUUUAAAAUGAAUAAAAGCUGUCAGUUUAAGAGGAAUGAUGCAUUUAUUUCCUUGUUGUUUGGUACGGUAGUGCUUUGUAUUUCAGGUCUCAAGCUUCUGCCGAAGGUGCUUAAUACUGAAACUAGCAAAGCUGAACCAAUUUACAUCUGUAGAGAGUAUAACCUGGAAGGAAUAUAAUAGGAAGACGUGUGGGACCGUAGCAUAUCAGGGACCGCAAAGAUUGUCUUGCUGGUACACAGCUAUCCCUUUGGGAUCCUUGCAAUAUAUUUGGCAUUUUCCUGUCAGUGCCAGUUUCCUUUCUUUUCUUUUUUUACCUCCCAUUUGUUCACAUGAAUGUUUUUUUGGUGUAGCUUUCAGAGAGAGGUCACUGCAAAGUGGUUACUUUGCCUCUCUCCAACAUCCUCACUAUCCCAGUGGCUCUCCUUAUUUCUACCCACCAUAUUUUGUUAGGGAACAAUACAACCUUCCAAUGAUACUUCUCCCCCCCCCCCCCAAAUGAAAGCAUUCUGGCCAUUUUCUAAAUGGUGAUGGCUGAAUUAGAUGGGGGACAUAAGAGCUAAAGGGAGUUCCUGAAGGAGUGUCUGCUUUGGACUGACCCUCCCAGAAGUCAGAGAGAGCCUCUGUAUUCUACCUCCUCUGAGGAUUUGAUGUGUAAUGGUCCUAUAUGUUUAAGAGAUAUGGAGGACAAACAACCUUGGGGAGAAAUAGUGUCUUGAGAAAACCCUUCUACAGUUAUUGAAGUUACAGGGCUGUCAUGAGGUAUGUAACAUUUUUUGGAACUUUUGCAUUUUGUCUGCCAAGACAGUGCUCAUUCCCCUACUCCUGUGGCAUGCCCCAGUAAUAUGAGCACCUAUUCGCAAUUAAGGAAGGAUUUGGGUGUUUUUUUAAAGGGCAUUAAUAACAUAAGGAAUGUUCUCCAUCUCCUCUCACUAGUCGUCUCAAUUAGUUACUAGGUAGAAUUUGUCACCAACUUAUUGCUAUUGUCACUUUAAGCAUUUGGAGGUUACAAGCUGUGAGUUCUCAGCAGAGUGCAUUUAAGACCACCAUUUUACAGUAUUGUGGAAGAUGUUUAUAAUCUGUUUUAUUUUAAGUACUGUUGUUUUCCCUUCUAAUUACGCGUUCCUAUGCCAGCAGCACCUGUAACCAAGAAAAAAAGGCAUUAUUUAUGCACAUUAUUUGCAGCAACAUUUUGCUAGUGUUAGACAGGUUUUAAGGAAAUGAUCAAAGCAGCAAUGUGAUGUUGUCUUUUGUUUGUAUAAAAGUGACCUUAGAUUAUGACAAUUCAAAAGAAAAUUAGCAGUCUGUGCUUAAAAAUAAUAUGUCAGUGGCUUGGAGUUCUUCACACCAAACCAAGGGAUAAUCUUUCCAGUAAUUAAACCUGCGGUGGCUUGCUUACUAUUCCUUCCCAGCAGCGUAUGUUCUAGAUGUAGCUACUUCAAAAGGUCAAAAUCUCACACAAGGAAAACAAAAAUAAAAAUGCAUUUGUACCUUGCAAGUUUGUAUAAAGCAAAUAAAUAAAAAGUGAUGGUUUGUAAACAAA